AUGGCGACAUAUAAGUUUGGACCACAUAUACUUCCAUCAAGUCAAGUAUUUUUUCUUUCUAAACAAUGUUUUGGAUUUGUUAACUUAAAACCAGUUAUUGCUGGCCAUGUUUUAUUAACACCAUUUCGUGUAGUUCAAAGAUAUAUUGAUUUGAACUCCGAUGAAAUAAGUGAUUUAUUUUUAAGUGCGCAAAAAGUUGGUAAAGUUAUCGAAAGAGAAUAUCAAGGAACUUCAUUAACUUUUGUGAUUCAGGACGGACCCGAAGCAGGACAAACAGUACCACAUUGUCAUCUACAUAUAAUUCCAAGAAAAGUUGGAGAUUGGUUCACAAACGAUGGUAUUCACAAAGAAAUUGAUAAAUCUAACAGGGUCGAUGAUGAAGAACGCCCUCCUCGAAGUAUUGAAGAGAUGGCAAAAGAAGCUGAAUUUUUAAGACAAUUUUUUAAUAAUAAUAAUGAAAAAUAA